AUGCUCAAGGUGGCGACCUCAAGAGAGCGCAGACUUCGGAACGAUCUGGUGGGCUCUACUCGGCAUCCUCAAGGUCCCUCGACAGCACCUCCAGCCCUGAGGAAUCACGUCCCCAGCGGCAAAAGCCUAUGGACCGGGUUGAACGACGAGUUCCAAGACCCAAGGGCCACCAAGUCCUCAAGCGAGGAUGAUGCUCCCAGUUCAGCAGAAUAUGGCUCCAGCAUGAGCCCUAGUUCGCUGCUGUUUUCCGCCUUCCGCAAUGUUGCUGAUCUUCGGGACUUCCAUCCCCCUCCAAUGCAGGCAUUUAUGCUCUGGCAGGCUUUCUUGCAGAAUGUGAAUCCCAUGUCUAAGGUCAUACACGCCCCCUCGGUCCAGCCCAUAAUCAUCGAGGCAAGCAAGGACUUGGACACCGUUCCGAAGCCAUCGGUCGCCUUACUGUUCGCCAUCUACGCAGCGGCAAUUAUGUCUCUCAAGGAGGAAGAUUGUCAGGCACAAUUCGACGCGCCCAAGCCCCUGCUGCUCACCCGCUACUUUUCGGCAUGCCAACAAGCCCUGGCAGCAGCGUCCUUCAUGAAAUCCCGGAACCUAGUUACGCUCCAGGCCUUUGUGAUAUUCCUACUUCCUGCCCGCCAGAUUUACGAUGAACAGACUUUCUGGCUUCUGGCCGGCGUCGCAGUGAGGCUGGGCCUGAGGCUGACUGCACACACUUCCAACGACGCGCCCAAUGACUCGGUCUACGUGUCACAACUACGAAGACGUCUCUGGCGGCAGAUAAUGUGGAUUGAUGGCCGCAGCCAUCACCACAUUGGACUACGACCUCCUUUCCAUGGCGUCCAAGCCUUUCCCCUGCCUGAGAAUCUCAAUGAUGUUGACCUCAAUCCCCACAUGGAAGAGAUGCCCUUGAUACACAAAGGCCCAACAGAAAUGACCUUUUGUCUCUGCCGAUACGAGGUUGGUGAGUUCAUGAUUCGACAUGGAAGCACCUUCCAAGACCCAGCCGUCCCUAUCCAGGACAAAGACAAGCUCAUCGACCAAUUCGAAGCUCACAUGGACGAGAACUACCUCAAGCAUCUCGACCCUGCUAUUCCACUGCACCUCAUGGCUGAUGGCGGUGUGCGGUCUGCCACCUGUAAGAUGAGGCUUAUGGCUCAUCAUCCUUCUCAGUAUCCCGAUAGGGGGAAAUCGAUACCUCAGUCCGAGCGAGAUAUACUAUUCGAGGUCAGCGUCAAGAUGGUCGAGUAUGAUGUACUCGGAAAAUCAACAAAGACCCUCGAUAACUUCUCGUGGCAUAUCGACAAUGCCUUCCAAAUCGACGCUUUCGUCUUCAUGCUCAUCUCCUCCCGAAACCAAGAUCCCAAAGCAACUCUGACCAACAAGGCCUGGAAACUAGUGUCUGACAUGUAUAAGCACAGAUCAUCACUCCUAGAAGACAGUAACAACGAAUUAUACGCAGCUGUAAGGGAGCUGACGUUACAUGCGUGGGAGGCGCGGGAGGCAAAGAUUGCACAUGACAACGCUGAGCCGAUCCCGGUACCUGAGGUGAUCGCAGAGCUUCGAGAACGGAAAUCCAGGAAGAGCAUGCCCUCCAGAACAUCUUCGGCCACUUCGACCACCCCGACAUCAGUGCAGCCUGAGACAUCUGCUCUUCACCAACUGGCCGGGGUGGCCACGCAGGUUGACUCGAGGAAUGGAUACGGCAAUAUGAGUUACAUGUAUGGGGUGGCACCUGAUAUGACCACAAAUUCGUUUCAACUAGGUCUCGACCAGCAGUUUGAUAGCAUUUUCCGAAACCUCAGCGGGGAUUUGGAUGCUGCUGGGCCGGUCGACUGGGACUAUUGGGACGGUCUUCUAGAGCGGAACAACGUUUUCAGGUGA